UGUAUUUUAUAGUAAGGUCUGAAUUAAGGUUGGCGGUUCCUGGGAAAUCUUCGGUUAUCCGGAACCGACAACCGAACCGAAAAUUUUCGGUUAUCCGUCUUUUUUCGGUUCCGGAUAACCGGAACCGCCAACCUUAGUCUGAAUGUAUGUAAGAUAUUCAAAGGGAGACAACUGCGAACUGACAUUUUCUGGCACCCAGUAAGGUUCCUGUUUAAGGUGAUUGAGGGAUGGGCUCUUUAAUUGAUGGGCUCUCCUCUGUUUGCGAAAGGACCCUUGGUUCUUCGGCCUUCAGUUUUUAAAUGUGAAGGGCUCACCCCUAUACUACACACCAAAAUAGUACAGUAUUUAUAAACUAUGAUACUGGACAGGACCCAUGACCGUUUUCAAUUUUAUUAGGGUUAAGUUUUGUCCGCAACUAUCGACAAAAGAAAUAUUUUAUUCAAAAAAAUUUUUUAGCUUUGACAAUAAUAAUGUUAUACAAUUACCUCCAACAUAUGUUAGACAGGCUCCAAUCUUUGGAUUUGUUGCUCACAAAAUUCCAGUUAAUGGAAAUGUAGAAAAUUCUUGUCAUAUGUUUGCUGAAUUAGACCCAGGCAUUUUAUUAAAAUUAAAAAUUAAAAGAAAAAUUUUUUUGAAAUUAAAGAUCAACCAGCUUCAGCUGUCGUUAGAUUUAUCACAAAUGUAAUGAUGC